AUGGACUCCAAAGAUGGCAUAGAUUCUCAGGCUAGGAUCUUCAACGAACAUUUCAAAGACCCUCACGACGACGUCGUCUUGCGUUCCAAAGAAAAUAUCCAUUUCAGAGUUCACUCCAUCAUUCUUCGAAACACAUCUUCUUUCUUCAGGACUAUGUUUUCGCUCCCCCAAACAGGCUCUAGCUCGUCUGAGGCUGAGCAUUGUUUACAUUUAGACGAGGAGGAUUGGGUAAUCGAAGCCGCACUCAGAAUGUGUUGUGGCAUGCCCAUUCAGAUUGAGCACCUGCGCUCCUUUGACACUAUUGAGCCACUCUUACACUUUUGUGACAAGUAUGGCAUGAACGGACCGAUAUCAAUCAUGCAAGCAGCCAUAAGCUCCCCCGAACUCAUCUCUGAUCCCAUACGGCUUUACAAGCUUGCCUGUCAAUUUUCAUGGGAAGCGGAGAUGCAACUCUCUGCCCGGCUUGCCCUCAGGUUCGACUUCACCCACCCAGAUAUCAUAAGUCAGCUCAGUGGAAUCGAUUUUGCUGAUUUUGCACGCCUACUUGGACUUGUGAGACGUCGCAAGGAUAUUUUCGAAUCCCGUCUCAACAAUCCCGACGAUUUUAAUGGGAGCAACCCCCAUUAUGCUUGUCGUAUUUGUGGGACGAUCGUUAAUGAUCCCACGUGGCGCAUUCUCCGCAUGGUACUCAUUCGGGAACUCGAAAAGUGUCCUUUAGGAGAUACAAUCCGGGGUGAAGAGUUUCUUCUUUGGCCGGAGACUGUUGCCUGUAUGAGCGCGACACAUUGCUCGAGGGCACUGUACCAUUCGGAAAGCACAAGGAAACAUAUUCUUGAGCUUCUUGACGCGCUCCCCACCGAGUUAGAAUAG